GUCAGGAUGAGACCACGGAAUGUCUGAAGCUACCAGAGUCUGCACUAUGAGACCAUCCUUACCUGACCUCUGAACCUUAUAGCCUAACCUGACCUCUGACCCUUAUCCUUCUCAGGGCAGUCCCAACCCUGCUGCUCCAGUGUUGCCAUGGCAACAAUGAGAGGAUGUCCUUCCCAUGAGUCCAGACGGGUCCACCUGAGCCUCACAGACGACCUUGUGGUCUGAACAGACGACCUUGCAUUUGAAAGAUUUUCCACCUGAAAACCACCAAGGAUAUUUCUUUUAGAAAAUGUAACAAAUGUAACUUUGCAACAAGUCAGUUCUCUAAGACUUACAAUAAACGUCUUUACCUAAAAAACGUGAAGGACAUUUGUAGGACAUAACCAUGCCACAAGGCAAGACGCCGCUGCUGCCCUUGAUCCGUGACCUUGCCAACAACAUCUCACCCCAAGACCUGAAGAAGAUGAAGCUCGGCUGCACGAACCACCUCUCCAGGAAGGCGCUGAACGGCAUCAAGACGUCUCGGGAGCUCUUCAAGACGCUGGUGGAUAAGGGCUACUUCAACCAGAACAACGCCACCUUCCUGAAGCGCCUGCUGAGGGAUGCUGGGAAGGCUGACCUUGUGCCGUACGUGGAGAAAUAUGAGGAAGGUCGCGAGAUGCUACUGCCGAGGGACAAGGUCGCGGAGCUCAAGGUCGCAGGUUAUGAACCAAUCACGGUGCAGCUGGCCCACCCGACCUCUCACCUCUCCACCGGAACCAUGGAGAUGGUGCGAGGAACUCUGGGUAAUCUCCUAGCGACAGCCACGCCCCCCGCGGACGUGUUUUACCGCACGUGGACCGUGGCAGGGCGCGGCGUGGAGAUCACCUUCCUGGUACCGGAGGCUGUUGCUAGGCAACUAGAGGCCGAGGCCAACAACCGGCGCGACGCGCUGAAGCUCGCUGGCAUCCUGGCUGUCCAGCGGGAAAACUGCGCAGACACCUCGCUGCUGCUCCCACCAAUCACAGUCCCCCCGCGAGCGGCCUCGGUUGAGGUCCCCCACAAGCUUUACCCCCCAUUGGUCCAUCCCGAGGCGCUGCAGCCACUCAACCUCAUCACUCCUGACCAAUCACAGGACAGGACUCCCCUCAUCCUCCCCAGUAUCAGGACCAACGCAGGUCUGGUGACGGAUGAGAGUGUGAGUGAGUGA